CUCUCAUCUACCUCCUUCCUCGACCUCCCUGUUGUCCCUCACCCCCCUCCCCUUGCCCAUAUACAUCUAUCCGAUCUGUCAGAUCCUCCUUGAGGAGAACAGAGAUAUUCUUUUGAAGAACGUUCUCCUGCAAUUGGUUCCGUACAGCAUCUGGAUCUGACCACUCCACACAAAGUCCUUUCAGUGGGACCUACUGCCUUCGCGUCUUGAUUCUUGGUGUCCCCCUCCGUUGGCCACUGAUCAGCCACAACGUGAUACAUCUUUGCUCCCCCUAUCCACGCCUUCGCAUCCAUGAAACGCCUCCUCUUCGGCUCCGAAAAGGCUCUGCCUAGUCUUGCGGUACCUCCAAUGAAAAAGUUUUCCCCUUUGAAUGAUCUUGACCACGACGACGAUGCGAUGUCGUACGAUACGGUGUCGGGAGACUUGACCUACUCCAGCGACGGGGAGGGGCAGGCAGCGUCAGGAAGCUUCUUGUUCAGCGUCGUGGUGUUGGACGGGAAACGCUUUCCGGCGGGCCGCUCGGGAAGAAUCAAACCCAGAGUCCACCUCCAGUUCUCCUGCCCGGGAUACUUCUCGCAGAUCGCUGCGACCACCUCACAGUCAACAACAUGGCCGGUCUGGAGAGAGGGCUUCAUCUUCUCGACCCCUGCAGAGAACAUCAAGGACAUCAGCAUCAUGCGGCAUGCCAUGGUGAUGGUUCUGAUCGAGGACGAGCUAUCCAACCGGCUGCUGGGCCAGUCGUGGGUGUCUUUGGAGGAGGUAGUCUCGCAGAGAAAGAUCGACAAGGAGUAUCAUUUUUGUCCGACCAUGGAGGCGAACCCCAGUCUGAGGCUUGUUCUGACUGCCAUCGACGAGUCGUGCGUGCAUCCGUCGGUGAGUCAGUACGGGAAGCCGAUCCGGAGUCUGCGAUCGAAGCUCGGUGCGGUCUUUCAUCCAACAAGGCUUGCGAAUCUCUCUGAUGAGAUGAAACAAUUUUCGAAGGGGACUGUGAGUCUAUUGAAGAUCAUCGAUUGCGGGACGUAUGCGGAUGAGAACGACUAGACAUUUAGCUGUCCAUCAUAUAGGUCACAUAUUGUAAAAUAAACAAGACAGAUGUUC